UUCGUACUUAUCCUGAUCUGAUAUGGACUAUGAACAAUUUCCAUCGAAGUUUAUUUCACAUUGCUGUUAUAAACCGGCAAGAGAGUGUCUACAAGUUGAUACAUGAGAUGGGCGCUAUCAAGGAAAUAAUUCUAACUUCUGUUGAUGCCUAUAAACAAAACAUCCUGCACUUAGCAGGAAAAUUGGCUCCGAAAGCCCGAUUAAAACUUGUACCAGGAGCAGCCCUUCAAAUGCAACGGGAGUUGUUAUGGUUUAAGGAGGUAGAAAAGAUUGUGCCGCCUUCAUACCCGAAGAUGAGGGAUAAUAAGAACCGAACACCGUGGGAAUUAUUUACAAAGGAACAUAAAAAACUAAGGAGAGAAGGUGAAAAGUGGAUGAAGGAUACAGUAAACUUUUACAUUAUUGUGGCAACACUGAUUACCGGUGUGGUUUUCGCUGCAGCUUUCACUGUACCGGGUGGCAGCAAUCAAGACACAGGGAUCCCUAUUUUUUUGAAAAGUAUUUGGUUUAGGGUAUUUUUCAUAUCAGAUGCAAUAGCACUGGUCUCCUCUUCGACGUCAAUAUUAAUGUUUUUGUCAAUUCUCACAUCACGUUUCACGGAAAUGGAUUUCCUUGUGUCAUUACCAACAAAGUUGGAGUUGGGAGUCAGCGCACUCUUUCCUCUAUAGCAGGCAUGCUGGUAGCCUUCAGCGCAACCUGCUGUUUGGUCUUUAAAAGUGAAAUGACGUCGCUUCCGAUAGUUAUAAUUGCUUUGGCUAGUGUCCCAAUUAUUUUGUUCGUUAGACUACAUUAUCAAUUCUGGGUUGAUAUCAUACGCUCAACAUACUCUUCUAGGUUUCUUUUUGGGCCACUUAAUGAUCCAUU